AUGGUGCACGUGCUGCUCACAGGUGGCAAUGGCUUCAUUGCCAGCCAUGUGCUAGACGUUCUCCUCAAUGACGGAUCUAAUCACUCGGUCACGAUCACGGUUAGAACGAAAGCCAAGGGCGACCAGGUGCUCGCGCGGUACGACGCGUCUCUUCGUGAAAAGAUUGCCGUCGCCGUCAUCCCGGACUUUACAACCCCGGACGCAUUUGACGAGUGCCUUGAAUCCGGCGCCUUUGACGCGAUCAUUCACGUUGCGUCGCCUUUCUACUAUUCGGCGACAGACAUCCAGCAGGAGUUGCUGGAUCCUUCUAUAGUGGGCACAAAAUCCCUCCUCCAGGCGGCAAGCCGGUAUUCUUCCAUCAAAACCGUGGUCCUUACAUCAUCAUUUGCCGCCAUUCUGGACAGCUACAAGCCGAACAACAUCCCGGAACAUACCUAUACUGAACGAGACUGGAAUCCGCUCACCGAGGCAGACGCCUUCAAAAACACACUCAACGGCUACCGAGCUAGCAAGCUGUUUGCUGAAAGGGCAGCGUGGGAGUUUGUAGACUCUCAACACCCGUCGUUCUCGCUGGUCACAAUAUGCCCGACACUGUGUUUCGGACCGGUGAUUCAACCACUUUCUAGUCUCGACAGCAUCAACACAUCAAGUCAGCGCAUCUACAACUUCAUCUCAGGAGCAUUCAAGGCCCAGAUUCCAGACACGGGCGCCUCUUUCUUCCUCUGGAUUGACGUGAGAGACCUAGCAUUGGCACACGUGAAAGCCGUGGAGUCCCAGCUUGCCACGCCGAGGAAUCGACGAUACCUCCUGACGGAGGGAUACUUUACCAACAAGGAAAUCUGUUCGAUCAUCACCAACCGUUUCCCAGAAUACCGGCCUGUCCUGCCCGGCUGCGAGGACAACGCCGGCGGAUUCCCAGACGGCGGGGUGUACAAGUUCGAAAACAAGAGAGCGACAGAAGAGCUCAGCUUGAGCUAUAGAAACCUAGAAGAGAGCAUUUCAGAUACUGUCAGGUCGUUACAGGCCUUGCAGAAGAGAAUCGCUUGA